AUGACCAAUGGAACUGUCCCGCCGCCGCCUAUUGCCCGGAAUAACAGUAACCAAUUAAUAAAUAUGAAUAAUCCCUCAUCCGAUGUUCUGAUUCCUGCAGUGGAACACAUCGCGGGUCGCGCCACCGGGACGACCGCCGGCGAUGGAGAGAACAACGCCGCUACUGAGCGCGGCUUGCCCGCUGGGGCCAGCGAUGAGGUGAUCAGAAUCACUAUUCCGGUACCUAGGCUCAAUAUUCCUGCGGAGAUUAAGCUUAGUGAAUUAUCGCGGGAAGUUGCGCCACGAGUCCGCGCCUUCGUCCGCGAUGUCCGGAAGUAUUUUGAUUUCGUGCGGGGCGGAAAUCAUGACAGUAUCCGUUGCUUAUUUUUAGCUAACGCUCUUGAAGGCGCCGCGAAAACCUGGCAUGAUGACUGGACUAACGCGCGGUUGCAAUAUACUUCAGAGCAACUUUUGGAGGCGCUAUUAAUUCGUUUUGCCCCGCAGAUUCAAACGCGCGAACUAGAAGCGCUAGAAAAGCUUGCUGCUGGGCAGCAUCAGAUGCGGGCAAACGAAACGGUAGCCGCGUACCAUAGUCGUUUCGAGGCACUCAUAGCACCCAUUCCUGACUUAAGGGAGGUUGAUCGGAUUUUCUGGUUUAUCCGCGGCCUUUCCUCUGAGUUCUCAGGAGAAUGUGCUACCGACCAUGACGGAAAGCCUUUUCAGGAAUAUGCCAAACUCGUGCAGCACACGCUUGGUGUAGAGGCACGUCAACUUGCUAAACUUCGUUCCCAAGCCCAAACCCGCGUGCUUCUGCGUGCUUCCACCGCUGUGCAGGAUCCCGCGCCCAUCAUCACUGACGACGGGGACCUCCCGGCACCGGAGCUCGCCAGGCCUCCGGUGCUGGUGAGUCGAACCGUGGGCGCAGGGGUCGGGGUGGCAAGCAUAGGGACAAGGGUCGGCCCAGGGCCGCUGCCGCGGGAACAGGGGCGACGGUGCUAG